AUGGAAGCUAAGCGCAGCUCCUACAUCAGGAAGCGAGCAUCUGCACAAUCACCGUUUUUCAGCGCGGGUUACCGUGCGUCAUCUUCAAGCUACAAAUCUCCACCUGCCUUCCUCUCAGAACAGCAGAAGAGAUCACGAAGCUUCGUCUUGCCGUCAAGAGCCAAUACGAUUGUUAAGCCCGAUGAUGAAGUUGAGGAAGGUAAGGAGAAGGAGGUACCUGAAACACCAUCUGAAAAAAAGACAACGCCUAGGUUUCCAGGUAGUCUGCGCAAGCACCAAUCGACCAAGUCCCUAGCCAAACGCGACACCAACACGAAGACAAUACCUCGACCUGCCACAGUCGUCGCUACAUCUAGCGCUGGUAUGGGUCGGCGGGCGAGUACUCGAAAAAGCCUUGUCGUAUCGGAAUUGAAAGCCAGUUUAAACGACCUCACAGGCUCUGAGAUCUACGACAACGCCGACCUGAGCGAGAGUGUCUACACGGAUGAAGAGGAUGACCUUGAGGAUUAUGACAGGCGCACGACUGUCAAACCUGGUCAAUUUACACUUCCCCCGCUGAACCUCGACUCAAGACGCAGCGUGCUGCAGGAGAAGCGAAAGAGCAAGCGUGACAGCAACUCUGACAAGACUGAACACCGAGAGCUGAAGCGAACGAGUGGACGCGAGCCUACACCGCACUACCUUGCGAAGGAGCAUGGCGGAAAGGAGAACAUGUCAUCGACCUACACCCUGGGCAAAAUCACUCCUAUUCCUGAGAUGAAAGUCAUUUCAAGAGCUGCUCUAUCGCCCGUACGACCAAUUCGCUCCAAUACCGCCCGUCAUUCCCAAGCAGCCACCAUCCCACGCAAAUCCAUUCUACGCGAUACCCAAACUCGUCCCGUGUCUCGAGCUGGAUCUCGAGCCGGCUCCACCCAGGAGCGUCACUCACGAAGGUCUCUCCACUCACGCCAACCAUCUCAAGCUUCCGGCACCAAAAGAACCCCUCGCGGCCACUCACGCUCCCAAUCCUCAGCGUUCCCAUUCUUCGACCCCAAUAUCACCGAAGCAGACGCAAACAGCACCGGCGCUGCCAUCACCACGCCAACACCAGCAAGUAAAGCGACGCGAAGUCGCCUCGUCACACGCGAUCUCUCCGGCAAUCUAAUCUACCACGGCGACGAAACGCUGGGCAGCAGCAGUGUGGUGUUCAAUCCACCACCUCCACCCAGCAACCGCCACACAGCAGUGCCCUCGGGCAUGCCUGCGCGUCAAAGCACAAGCCUGGGCCUGUUCCCGCAGGGCUCGAGCAUCGCCGAGUUGAAUGGCGAGAGGGAACGCAACCCGCUCAGCGUGGUCGGCGCAAACGUAGACGUGAAGAGAGCCGAGACACCCGGCAAAGAGAGGAAGACGUGGGGCGAGGGGCUGAAGAGCUUCGUUGGCAGGGGAAGCGUGUGGGGGUGGGAGAAGGAGAAGGACGAUGUCAAGGUGUUUGUGUAA